GGUGUUUUGUUCUGACCUUCAAGCGGCGACAGCCAUUAAUUGCAUAUAAGGCCCAGUGCAGGUAAACUACAGCUAUGGCAAAUCCUAGGCGCUUUUUCGUGGGUGGGAACUGGAAAAUGAAUGGCAAUAAGAAAGAGCUGGGAGAUUUAAUAAAGUCUCUAAAUGGGGCUGCGCUGGAUCCUAAAACAGAGGUUGUCUGUGGUGCACCUGCUAUUUACAUUCAAUAUGCCAGAGAAAUGCUGGAUCCCAAAAUUGGAGUGUCUGCACAGAACUGCUACAAAGUGGCAAAGGGAGCCUUUACUGGGGAGAUCAGCCCAGCAAUGAUCAAAGAUUGCGGUGCAAAUUGGGUGAUUCUGGGGCACUCUGAGAGGCGUCACGUCUUUGGAGAGUCUGAUGAGUUGAUCAGUCAGAAAGUGGAACAUGCACUGUCAGAAAAUCUUGGCGUAAUCGCAUGCAUUGGUGAAAAGCUGGAUGAGAGAGAAGCUGGCAUAACUGAGCAGGUUGUGUUUCAGCAGACGAAGGCCAUUGCUGCUCGUGUAAAGGAUUGGGAACACGUUGUUCUGGCUUAUGAACCAGUCUGGGCCAUUGGAACUGGAAAAACUGCCACACCACAGCAGGCUCAAGAGGUGCACCAUACACUGCGUGAUUGGGUAAAGAAAAACGUAUCCGAGGAUGUGGCUAAUAGUCUUCGCAUCAUUUAUGGAGGUUCAGUUACUGGCGCUAACUGUAAAGAACUGGCCUCCCAACCUGAUGUUGAUGGUUUCCUUGUUGGUGGAGCAUCCUUGAAACCAGAAUUUAUUAACAUCAUUAAUGCAAGACAGUGAAAACUUUGUGCAAAGCUGCAGGUGGGGUGAAGUGGGAACUGAUCUGGUAGGCAGAUGGAAGGAUCAUGUUGCUUUAAAUUCUGUUUUUACUCAGGGUAGCAGAAUGGGGCAAUGCUGCUUACUGUCUAGCCCUGAUAUCACACCGCUAAUUCUCUGCCAUAGUUGUGCCCUUGUUGGAUUUUUACAACUCUUCUGUUGGAGCUUGCAUAUUGUGGUAUAAUUUUUUGGGCCCAUUGUGGGGAAAGAACCAGUUUUAAGGAGUGUACACUAUACCUGGAAGAUCAGCUGAUGUGUCAAAGGCACAACAGGUCUGUGAUGCAUUUUAAAUAGAAACGUUCCCAUUUUGACUGGCUUUACAAGUAUGUUAGAGAAGUAGUGAACAGAUCAACACGGGGGGGGGGGACUGUUGUGUUUAAUCAAGAUCUUUGGGGGGUGGUAUUUCAUAGGUAUGCACUGGAGGUUGGAGGAUGCUUUUGGGAAACUUGCUGCAUUUUGAACGUCCACCUCUAGUCUGGACCCUGUGGCUCCAUGAUUUAAAAGGAUGAGUUCUGAAAUGUCUAUAGUCCUGCAACUACAGUAGAGGUAGUCCUAAACUCUCUCAGAAGUGUAUUGUGGAAGAUCCAUGCUGUUGGAGACACCGCUGCUUUAUCCAGUUGUAACCUUGUCCGUAUACCAUGUCCCACAGUCUAGUCUUAAUCACCUGUGUUGUGAAAAUUUCUUGACUGUUCUCUGUUAAUAAACUAUUCUGUUUCAUG